AUGUCUAGUGGUAAUAGACGUCAAAAAGAGCUGUCGAAGCAGCAACAGCAACAGGUGAUUGCUCAUGAAGAAGUUGUUCAGGAAGAGGUGGUUACGGAUGAAAUUGUCGAUGAUGCACAGAUUUCCGAAGAAAUUGUGGAAGAAGUUGACGUGGAAGGUGAAGUUGAGGAUGAUGUGGAAUAUCGAUUGCAAGCUGAUGGCUCGUAUAGGGUGGUUUACCCGUCACGUGCAAGUAGUAUGCCAUCGGGAAGUAGACAUUCUCCAUAUGAUGAUCCACAUGAGAGGAUAAGUGUCCGAGAACCAAGCGACAGCCAGUUAUGCGGUUCCGAAAUGGGACAGAUUCAGACGGGACGCGUCGUCCCGGCACAUGUUUUCGCCGUUCGAGGAAAUAGGAUAUAUCGUAUUGAUCGAUCAGGUGGUUCAACCACCACAACACCAGUGCGUACACUUAGUGAGACGAAUCGUGGAGCCGCUGACCAGAUCAAAACCGAGUCAAAUUGGCGAGGACGCGAAGUACCAUCUAAAUCAAGACUGCUACAAACUGGGCCUCUUAGUCCACCUUUGGCAUACCGAGCUGCUCAGGCUAGCAUCCAGCGUAACAGGGUAUUCACUCCAGUGUUGGCAGCUAAAUUAGCUCCAAAGAAACGACCUCUUGGUUCAAAAAAACCAUGUCAUUGCACGCGUUCGAUGUGUUUGAAAUUAUAUUGUGAUUGUUUUGCAAAUGGGGAAUUUUGCAAUGACUGUGAUUGCAAAGAUUGCAAAAAUACAAUUGAAUAUGAAAUUGAAAGGACGCGCGCUAUUAGGUUGUCACUGGAACGCAACCCGAAUGCAUUCAAGCCAAAAAUCGGUGUCGCUACCAAUAGGCAAGUAGAACCAGAACGGUUGCACCAAAAAGGAUGUCAUUGCAAGAAAUCGAAUUGUUUGAAGAAUUACUGCGAAUGUUAUGAAGCAAAAGUCCCUUGCACUGAUCGAUGCAAAUGUGUAUGUUGUCGAAAUACCGAAUCAGAUCGGGCAGCACGUUUGGCAAAUACCAAAUCAGCUACGGCAUUAACUGAUAUUCGUUCUGCUGCUACUAUGGGAAGUGCAGAUUUUCAUAAGACAACAUUGUAUAGCGAUGAGGAUAGCGAUGAUGAAGUCCAAGAACCGAGUGAUCCCAAAACGUUGCCUUGGUUUUAUAUGACGGAUGAAGUGGUAGAAGCAGCGACACUAUGUCUUGUAGCACAAGCAGAAGAAAUUGAAUCCAGUGAGCGAGCAACUCAAGUAGAAAUUGAGAAAGCAAUUUUGAAAGAAUUUGGCCGUUGUUUGGGGCAAGUUAUUGAAAGUGCUUUGAAGAAUUCGAAAAAAACCAUAGGAAGCUAACGAUUUAUAUCGAUUUUUGAUAUACUUCUGCAAUAUUAGAGGAUUUUUUCGUAUAUGUGAAUUUCAUCUUGUCCAUAUUUUGCUUUUUGGACUAUUUAUGGUCGUCUUUUGAAUUCUCAUCAUAGUUUUCCGUUCUGA